AUGAGCUCAUCGUGCGUUGUACCCGUGUCGCCCAUCGCCGCGCUUAAACGCGCGCGCAGCGCCGACGAUGACUUGCGUGUUUUCAAGGCUAGUAAGCAGGCCUGUAACGCAUCGCCGCACUCCCCUCGUGCCGUGGCUGCCGCUGUCCUGGUCCAACGUCAGCAGCAGCAGCAUAUUCUGCACCACAAGAUGCAGCAGCAACAACAGCAGCAACAGCAGCGCCAAGCCGUGUCGCCUUUUGUGCUAGCCUGCGGCAAUAUCCGCUACGCCAUCACUUUCAUCCAAAACUCGCGCCGCCACGCGCUAGCGCUGUGUCUGCAGAACCAAUGGGAGCGUGCGCUUACCGUGCUCGAGAAGAUCGAGCGUGCAAACGACAAGAUUUCGCGCCAGCGUCGCAUUAGAGUGCGCCAACAGGCCAACGCUGACGCCAACCGUGUCUUCGAUGCGCUGGCCAUGCCCACUCAGCAGCCGCAGGUGCCCUCACCCGUCAAGGCCAUCAAACCCAAGAAAUACGUGCGCUUUAGUGACAUAGUGCAAGUCGCUGAGGCUGAGGUGGUUGACCGCUCGCCCGCUCCGAUGCCCAUGCUCAUGCGUGACGAGAUCUUGGUGCUGCGUGCGUCGCGCCCGAUCCCGCUACGCAACUUUUCCGAGUUUUGGAGCUCCUGUUCGUAG